CAGUAUUGCCUCAACACAGCCAGCAACAUGUCGUUCAAGACUUUCUUCCUGUCGCUGUGCGUGCUGGUGAUCGCAUUCAAUUGCAACGAAGCCAAAAAAAGCUUCAUUGCUUUCACCAAAAACUCCACGUUUUUCGAAGCGUGGCAAGAUUGCCAUUCUUUCGAUGGGUAUUUGGCAGCUAUUGAGUCUGCAAGUGAUCAAUCGCUGGUGGAAGAAGCAAUGGCAAAAACCGGCAAUCCCAAGGACGUGUACUUUAUCGGAGGAACUGACCUUGGUCGUCAGGAUCGAUGGAUGUGGAUUGGUUUGAACAAGCAGUUGAAGGACAGCGACUACCAGAACUUCCGUACAGGACAGCCUGAUAAUCACGGAGGCAACCAGCACUGCCUGACAAUCGGAUACUUUAAAGCAGAGAACCGUGGUAAAUGGGAUGACGAUAAUUGCAUGAAACAACGAAAUGGAUAUAUAUGUGCCUUUGGAUAUUAA